UCGCUAAAUUCGCCUUGCAACAGGUCAAUGGCCAUAUUCGGCUUUUGAAAAUGUUGCCAUGGAAACGUACUUCCAAAAGACCAACCAGAAGACGUCCAACAGAGCUAAUCUACGUGUCGCUAAGAUUCUGGGAGUGCCUUGAUCAGUCGACACUCCACGGGAACUGUAUUCUUGGUACGCAAGUGCAGUGCUGUGAUUAAACAUGGCGGUAAACUCCGAAGAUUCCAGCCACGAUCUGUACGCGGUUCAACUUUACGACCCAGAGUACCUGAGGCCGCGCACGACGGAGGAGCAUGGCUUACAUCUGCCUGAGAAGAACACGUUUACAAUCCACGUCGAUCCAAACAUGUUAGACGACAAUAAAGAAUAUUCAGUGCCCAAACGCCUGGAACACCUCGAGCAACGCCUACACGGAGGCAAACGCAGGGAAAAGCGAGGAACCUUCCGCAAGGAAAAUUUACUGCUCGUCGACUUGGAGAGAACCAACGCGCUCAGUGAGUUGAUCACAGGAGAGAUACCCGUAUUUGCUCUAAAAACUUACAAAGAAGAAGGCGAGAAACGCUACAUGGAAUUCUCACUGACCAAGAAUGCUUCAGACAAUUUGAGGCAAAAUGAUCAACAAAGGAGGUUGGAAGU